GGGGAUCUUUGUCCGUGUGUCUGUGCAGGUACGACGCGGCUGUGGACUUGUUCACGAGGUCGUGUGCUGGGUACUGCGUCGCCACCUUCAUCCUGGGCAUUGGCGAUCGCCACAAUAGCAACAUCAUGGUGAAGGAAGAUGGCCAGCUGUUCCACAUCGACUUUGGCCACUUCCUGGACCACAAAAAGAAGAAAUUUGGCUACAAGCGUGAGCGAGUUCCCUUCGUGCUCACACAAGACUUCCUGCUCGUCAUCAGCAAGGGCGCGGCCGACUACACCAAGACGGACGACUUCGUGCGCUUCCAGGAAAUGUGCUACAAGGCCUACCUGGCCAUCAGGCAGCACGCGAAUCUCUUCAUCAACCUGCUCUCCAUGAUGCUGGGCUCAGGAAUGCCUGAACUGCAGAGCUUCGAUGACAUCGCCUACCUCCGCAAGACGCUGGCGCUGGACAAGAGCGAGCAGGAGGCCCUCGAGUACUUCAUGAAGCAGAUGAACGACGCUCACCACGGCGGGUGGACCACCAAGGUGGACUGGAUCUUCCACACCAUCCGACACAUCUGAGGCGGUGGAGCAGGGAGGGUGGUGGAGCGGGUGGUGGUGGAGGAGGUGGUGGAGCAGGAGGUGGUGGAGCGGGUGGUGGUGGAGCGGGUGGUGGU